ACGGGUGCCCCGCUGGUCAACAAGGUGCAGGAGGCCUAUUCCUUCCUCUGCAACAACUACCAGGCUGGAGACGAGAUUUGCAUCUUUGGCUUCUCGAGGGGCGCGUACACGGCAAGGUGCAUUAGCGGCUUUAUUGCGUGGGCAGGAAUCCUGCAGAAUACGGGAGCAGACGCCGUAUCUACGCCUGCGAAGAUGGGACCGAACGGAACCAGCGACGAGGUUGGGACUGCCUCUGUCAAGAAUACCCUCCUUGCAGAAGACGGGGCUCCGCUCGAUGAUGAAGUCACGGUCCCUCCGCAAGUCAAGGUGCUCGGCGUAUGGGACACGGUCGGAGCACUGGGCAUCCCAGGCUUCUUCCCUCAAUCAAAGCUGUACCAAUUCCUCGACCCCGGUCUGAGCUCCAAUGUAUCGUACGCCUUUCAAGCCCUCGCACUCGGAGAGGAUCGUCGCGACUUCAUGCCCACUCUGUGGUACAAGCCCUGGCCCUCUCAGGAGGAAGCGCGUCGCAAGGGCCAAGUCCUCAAGCAGGUCUGGUUCAAUGGCGCCCACUCGAGUGUGGGCGGUAGCAACGAGUAUCACGGGCUGAGUGAUAUCGCCUUGGCAUGGAUGGUUGCCCAGCUACUCGACACGCACGCCCCCGAGGAGCCUCUCGUUGACGUGGAUGUUGCCAUCCUCCGCUCCCUACAAGAUCGUCGCUACGCCUGGGCCAAG